AGGCACUGUUUGACUAAACCAGUAGUGGAGGGGAGAAAGAAGGGAGGAAAGAGAGGAGAAAUAGAUCUGAAAACCAAAGAAAUUCUCUUUCAAUUAGAGGUCUUAUCAUUGUAUCAUGAUCUAAUUGACCAACUCUCUCCCCCUCUCUCUCUCAUAUAAUACCCACAAAUACUAAAAACCCAAAUCCCCAAUAUGCCUAGACCUUACUUCCACAAGCUAAUUCUCUCAAAUACCAUUAGAGACAAGAAACUGAGGAUCCCUGAUAAUUUUGUCAAAAAAUUUGGAAAUGACUUAUCCGCUUUUGGGAGACUCAGUGUUCCAGGUGGUCCUGUGUGGCCUGUAGGAUUAAUAAAAGCCGAUGACAAAUUUUGGUUUCAUGAAGGAUGGCAGGAAUUUAUGGAGCGUUACUCAAUACGUGUAGGGUACUUUUUGGUCUUCAGAUAUGAAGGGCAUGCAGUUUUUACUGUUCAUAUAUUCAAUUUAUCUGCUUCUGAGAUAAACUAUCAAUCCAAUGCUCUAAGUGGCAGAAGAUUUCUUGCCUUUGAAGAGAUGGGAGAUGAUGACUUCGUUGAAUACUUGAGCUCCUCAUCUCCAUACUUGCUUCCUAAUUCUUUGAAAAGUAAGGUUCUUGAUGAACGUCUUGAUCAAAUGACAAUUAACAAAAGUUACAAUCCUCCAGCAUUGCAGAAUUUGUUCCAUGAGUCUAAACUUAACUACAUAAAUUGGUCUGGUGAAGGGAACGUGCUCUUAUCGAAGGGUGAUAGUAUUUCACAAGUGACAAAUCAAGCUACGCGAGAUGUUGGUGUUCAGUUUAAUGCAAUCGAGAUGAAAAACUAUGCUGAUGAUGUGAAAUUUUAUGUUCCAGAUGGAGAAAUACAAAAGCCUAAAAAACAGGGAAGGAAAAAGCGGAAAAUUGAUCCUAAUGAGCAGCAACCACCAGCUUCACAAGAAGAUGAAGCUGAAAUGCGCUUUAGAUUUUAUGAGAGUGCUUCAGCAAGAAAGCGAACUGUGACUGCUGAAGAAAGAGAAAGGGCAAUAAAUGCAGCUAAAGCAUUUGAGCCUAUUAAUCCUUUUUGUAGGGUCGUCCUGCGGCCAUCUUACUUAUACAGGGGUUGCAUUAUGUAUUUGCCGUCUUGCUUUGCUGAGAAGAAUCUGAAUGGGGUUUCAGGAUUCAUUAAACUCCAGUUGUGUGAUGGGAAACAGUGGCCUGUCAGAUGCCUUUAUAGGGGAGGUAGAGCUAAAUUAAGCCAAGGGUGGUAUGAAUUCACAUUGGAGAAUAAUUUGGGGGAAGGAGAUGUUUGUAUUUUUGAGCUGAUGAGAUCAAGGGAUAUUGUGCUGAAAGUUACUGUAUUUCGUGUUCUUGAAAGCGCUGGACUUGUGAACCGACCUUGACAACAAAAUAUCAGCUUCAGUUAAACUAGACAGAAUCUGCUGGCUGGUAAAUUUCCAAGUUAAGAAACUUUGUCAAGUAAUUCUCCUUUUCUGGGUGAUUGUCUAUGCUCUGGUUUUCUUCUUAUGGUAUUUAAUUCUUGUUUGAUGUCUAUAUAACUUUUCAGCUUUCAUAGCAAACUAGUGGAACUUUCCAUUGUUAGAUGUUUCAAUAGAUAGUUUUGUGGCUUUACUAGGGCUGUAAAUAGAAUGUUCAGUCAAGUGAUAUUUUUAACUAGACCACAGCAGAUUUCAGGCAUAAUUUAUCAGUAUGGUUGAUGUUGCAGUUAUUAUUGUUA